GCCGUCAUUUUACAAUUGUAGAAUAAGGAUGUCCACACAUGCAAAGCCAGUGACAUUCGGAACGGUGCGAGACAUUAAAUAGAGCGCAUUCUGGCGAACAUCCCAUCCAUUUCCCAUCACCCACCUUCUAACCAUAUUCAGCAGAAACAACCAUGUCCAUCCAGCAAGUUCCAACACACAUUCUGGCAAAAAUCUUUGACCUGGCAUGUACUCAUUUGGUGCCGAUGCGCAGCAACUUUUAUUGCUUACGCGACUUCAUUAGCCUCUACAACACUCACAGAGACCUCAGGCCGUUGCUGCCUAAGUCAUGUAGACAACUGGUGACAUUUGAGCACCGCUCUGCCCUAUCAUGCAACGGGCACGGCUACCAUGAGUCUCCCUGGCGCACAAGUGCCAACUGGCUCAUCAACCAUGGAUUUACUGACGAAGUAACCCACAUCUUGGUUCUUAUGGAAAAUGGGCGGUGUCGCUGCAAACCACCAAUUCUUAAGCUGCUUAACAUACUACGUCCAGAAUUUUUCGACUGGAGCAGUCUCCACAACCUCCGAUUCAUUGGUCCGGGUGUCUUCCAGCGCGGCGUUGGUGUAUCUGAUGAGGAUAUGGCCGAGCAGGCAUCGUUUGACAGCCGCAUGUUCUCCAAGCUCAUCCCUACGAUUACAUCGAUGAGCUACAGUCUGACUCAAAGUAUGGAUCUUCCUCUUUUACUCGGUUUUCGCUCUCCACUCAACCUGAACCCAUUCUACAGCAUGCUUUAUGCGGCAUACGAGCCACGGCUGGUUGAGGUGCAGGAGGUAUCUCCUGUUGUUCCGACUCGCCCUCCCGUCAUUCUCCCACAGGUUGUCGCACUCGAGCUUCACGAAGCGUACUUGCGAACCAUCGGUGCCCUGCCAAGAUACAGUGUCAGACAGCUGCGCAAGGUCAAGCUACUGCGCAUAACGAAUGGCAUUCCAUGGGAUUUUUUUUCUCUGACUGGCGAACGGUCUCUUGUCUUUGAAAACGUCGAGGAGGUGGUUUUCGACUUUGUACCAACAAGAUACACUUUGCCACGACAGACUCCCAACGGCGGGCUCGAUAUCCAGUUCCCAAGUAUCAAAUCGGUAACUGUUUUUCACUCCUGUCUGCUAUACGACGAUGUUUACGAGCUGUUCCACCAGCAUCCACCAAGAUUGCUGUACAUGGCUGAAGACUUUCAAAGACUUCAGUCAAUCAAUCCGAAAAUAGUAGCUGGUGCGACAACAUUAAUGAUUUAUGCCAAGGCGUAUGGUAUUGAGCCUGUUCGACUGCCGCGCGACAUUAUCAACCGGUUCUUCCGCAACCCAUCAAAUGUCAUUGAAGCUGUGCUAACUGGAAACUCGAUUCCAUUCUCUGACUGGAUAGCAUGGGCCAUGCUGAUAAAGUUGACCAUUGAUUUGAAUCCAGACGACCUUCACAGGCUUCCAGUGCUCAUUGAGUGCCUCCCUCUCCUACGGCAUCUUCGGGUCCUUUACCAGACCUCUACAGUAGCAAGAACAGGCGAAUACACCUGGCGUCCUGAAGAUGACGAAGGGACCUCAGCUAUAGGCAGAGAUUGGAGAAUUCAAAGGCUACAAACAUCGUCGAGUAGGUUACAGGCUACAGCUCCUUCACAACCCCUAUUAUUAGUACCACGACCACCCCGACCUCCUCGUGAUCUACUCACGCCUGAGGAUGCCCAAGACUUACCACUUCUCAGUAGGCAGCUGAGACGCCUCGACAUCGGAAUACCCGACGAUACUGUUGUGGAUGUCCUCGAAGACAUUAUUCCACAGCUACGCUGCCUGGAGUGCAUCACUGCGAGGCGGCUUCAGGCAGAUGCCAUUCGACCAUUUGCUGAACAGCACAUUGUUGGGGUAGAUGUGAAAUGGUUUGAGCGUCAACCUGGAGACUAUUAACAACUCUUCCAUAUUUUUGUAUUUAGUGUA